AUGUCAAGACUCAGGAAGUUCAACAGGGGAGUGCUGGAUAGGAUACAUGGCAACGACGAUGGAGAUAGCGAGAUGCCGAUGCAUCCCAUGGACGUGGAAGAACAGGAAGAGUUUAUUAGUAGCUUGGAACUUCGAAAUAAUGCAAGCAAUAAUCAGAUUGUACAGAUCUUGAGCGUGGCAUAUGUUGUUUGCUGCGGAGUAUUUCUCUCGCUUGUGGUGAGGGUCAAAAAGCUAGGAAAAGAGGACCAGACGUCGACUUACAAGCGACUGUUUUUGUUUUCGAUCAAUUCCAUCAUCUGUUCGUUGAUCACCUUGAGAUACGAGAUCAUCAAAGAUGUUUCGGUUUCGAGAAGUGUGGGCGUUCGAAUCAGCAAUGCGAGGAUCAACGGUGUGAACUGCAUUUUGCUGUUGCUGAUAUCAUGGGAAGUAGCGGACAAAGUGGAAAAAAUGCCAUUACGAGCCCUGUUCCACGUACCCUUGGUGCUGUUUGUUCUUUCGCAAAUUAGCAGACGAUGGAUGAACCAGCUACAAGUUGAGAUCAGCAACUUGCGUGGUCUGAAGUAUAAGUACAAGAACGUUUGA